UUUCCAAUUCCAAGCCACAGGGGCUCCAAAACCCUGGAGUCGAUCCGAAGAGUUCUAGGGUUCCGAUGGGCAGGGCCGCGGCGGCGACGACGGCGGCCGCGGUAGUGGCGCUGCUGGUGUACUGGGUGCUGAGCCGGAGGCUGCCAGGGAAGGCGGGAGAGAAGGGGAGCGGGAAGAGGAGGAGGUUCGUCCGGCGGCCGACACAGGCCCCGGCGACGUGGCGGGAUGUAGUGGCGACGCUGGCGGAGACGGUGCGGUUCACAUACUCGGAGACGUUAGGGAAAUGGCCCAUCGGGGACCUGGCGUUCGGCAUCAACUAUCUAAUGAGGCAGCAGGGUAAUCUACAAGUUGAUAGUGUGUAUGCUGGAAAUAAUUGCACAGAAUUGAAAGGCCGUGAAGUUAUGGUGGAGUUGAUUUAUCUGUUAAGGUUUCUAAACCUUUGCAUGUGGUUCUCAAAGAAUCCAUUUCAAGUAUUCUUGGAGAAUGCUGGGUGUUCCCAAGAAGAUGUCCUUCUUCAAGAGCCUAAGGCAGGGCUGCUGAAGCCCUCAUUCGCAAUUUUACGUGAUAGAAAUUCCAAAUGUCUUCUUCUCUUAAUCCGAGGGACGCAUAGCAUUAAGGAUACACUGACAGCAGCAACGGGUGCAGUGGUUCCUUUUCACCAUUUAGUUUUACGUGAAGGCAGUGUCAGCAGUUUAGUCUUAGGUUAUGCACACUGUGGGAUGGUUGCUGCAGCUCGUUGGAUUGCAAAAUGUACCACCUCCACGCUCCUUAAAGCAGUCAAUCAAUAUCCAGAUUACAAUAUCAAGAUCAUUGGGCAUUCACUGGGUGGUGGCACUGCUGCACUUUUAACAUAUAUUCUUCGGGAACAUGAAGAAUUCUCAUCAAGCACGUGUGUUACAUUUGCUCCAGCUGCCUGCAUGACAUGGGACUUGGCGGAGUCGGGUAAACAUUUUAUUACAACUAUUAUCAAUGGAUCUGACCUGGUGCCCGCAUUUUCAUCUGCUUCUAUUGACAACCUUCGUUUUGAGGUCACAGCAUCAUCAUGGCUAAAUGAUCUGAGGGAUCGCAUUAAACGAACAAGAUUUUUAAAUGUUGUAUAUCGCUCUGUGACCACUUUAGUAUCUCAUCUCCCAUUGAUAUCCCAUUCAAGAGCUAGGGUUGCAGGCACUGAUACACGUCUACAGCCUGUGUCCGACAGUUCUGAGGUCAGCGCAGAGCCAGUGCUGGACGAACCAGAGUUUAUCUCAAGUGGCUCGUACAAUGGGAAACCAGCUGGGAUAGAGAAACUUAGGCAGCUUGAUCAAAGCUCUGGUGCCACAUUAGUAGAAGAAAUGACUGAAGGUGAACUAUGGUCUGCAUUGGAAAAGGAUCUUCACGGGAAUGAUGAAGAUGAUAAGGCUCGGGAAGAAGAAGCAGCUGCUGUGAAGGAAAUAGAAGAAGAGGAAAGCAUGGUGCUAAAAAAAGCUGCAGAAAAUAAACUGCCAUCACCAUCGGAGAAGCACCAGUUCUAUCCUCCUGGCAGAAUCAUGCAUAUGGUUAUGUUGCAAGCAUUGGAUUCUAACUUGGGCAAGGAUGCUAUAGGUGACAAAGAUGUUGGUAUUUAUGAAACUCCAAGAUAUUUGUAUGGUAAGAUUCGGCUCUCACGGACUAUGAUAAAUGAUCACUAUAUGCCGAUGUAUAAACAAAUGAUGGAAUUACUGAUUGACAAACUUGGAAAAGAUGACAAUGGUUGUGAAACCAUUUUAAUAUGAAAAAGAAAUAAAGAAAACAAUUGAUGAUUUAUAA